CCGGUCUCGCCCUCGCCGCCCCUCGGCCCGCUCCGGCCUGCGCCCGCCGCCCGCUGCCGUCAUGGCGAACGUGGCCGACACGAAGCUCUACGACAUUCUGGGGGUGCCGCCCGGGGCCUCCGACAACGAGCUCAAGAAGGCAUACAGAAAGCUGGCCAAGGAAUACCAUCCUGAUAAGAAUCCAAAUGCAGGGGACAAAUUCAAAGAAAUAAGCUUUGCCUAUGAAGUAUUGUCAAAUCCAGAGAAACGUGAGUUAUAUGAUAGGUAUGGAGAACAGGGUCUUCGAGAAGGUAGCGGUGGAAGCAGCGGAAUGGACGAUAUUUUCUCCCAUAUCUUUGGUGGUGGAUUGUUCAAUUUCAUGGGUGGUCAGAGUAGAAGUCGUAAUGGUAGAAGAAGAGGAGAAGAUAUGAUGCAUCCACUCAAAGUGUCUUUAGAAGAUCUGUAUAAUGGAAAGACAACAAAACUACAACUUAGCAAGAAUGUCCUUUGUAGUGCAUGUAAUGGGCAGGGAGGGAAGGCUGGAGCCGUUCAGAAGUGUAAUGCUUGCCGGGGUAGAGGUGUACGUAUCAUGAUCAGACAGCUGGCUCCUGGAAUGGUUCAGCAGAUGCAGUCUGUAUGCUCUGACUGCAAUGGAGAAGGUGAAGUAAUUAAUGAAAAAGACCGCUGUAAAAAAUGUGAAGGGAAGAAGGUGAUCAAAGAGGUAAAAAUACUUGAAGUCCAUGUAGACAAAGGCAUGAAACAUGGGCAAAGAAUUACAUUCAGUGGAGAAGCAGAUCAGGCUCCAGGUGUGGAACCAGGCGAUAUUGUCCUUUUACUCCAAGAAAAGGAGAAUGAGGUGUUCCAGCGGGAUGGGAAUGACUUGCAUAUGACGCACAAGAUUGGACUUGUUGAAGCACUGUGUGGAUUUCAGUUCACAUUUAAGCACCUUGAUGGACGUCAAAUUGUGGUUAAAUAUCCUCCUGGAAAAGUAAUUGAACCAGGUUGUGUUCGUGUAGUCAGAGGUGAAGGAAUGCCACAGUAUCGCAAUCCUUUUGAGAAGGGGGAUCUUUACAUUAAAUUUGACGUUCAGUUUCCUGAAAAUAACUGGAUUAGCCCAGAAAAGCUUUCAGAACUUGAAGAUCUUCUGCCAGCUAGACCAGAAUUUCCCAAUGUAAUUGGUGAUGCAGAAGAGGUAGAUCUUCAGGAAUUUGAUACCACUCGUGGUUCAGGUGGUGGCCAGAGACGUGAAGCUUAUAACGAUAGUUCUGAUGAAGAAAGCAGCCAUCAUGGACCUGGGGUACAGUGUGCCCAUCAGUAAACGUUUGUCUAAAAAGUUGCACAAGGAUUUUCUUUCAAAUUUUGCCUGACUUGUUUUCAACAAUCCAGCUGGAUUGUAUAAGUAAUCCAGAUGAACCAAUGGACAUCUAUUGCUGUAUGUGUAACUUUUAAAUUGGUCUAUAGUAUCUACAGAGUGUAAUUUAAACUAACCACAAGCUUACAUCUUCAUUUUGACUGUGUAGCAGAAUAAAGCACUUGAAAGGAAGACGAGACUCCUUUUCACAUGGGUUUUAAGUUUGUCCUCGUAUCUGUGCUUGAUUUUUACCAGUUUUGUGUAGAUUUUAAGUUUCAUAUUUUAAAUUCAAAUUCUACAUUGUAAAGUUUGUGUACAAUUUGUCCUGAGGCUUGGUAUUUGGCUGCACCUGCAUAAGCUGCUACAAGUAGAAUAAAGAAUUUCAUAGCCUGUAUCUAUCAUCUAGAUGCAUGGUAAAUGGGCUUUGCACAUAAUGGGUUUAGAGCUGACUGGGAACAAUGGAAGACUAAAUUAGAAGUGGUUGUAAGUUUUUUCUACCAUCUUGUGAACGGUUUCUGAAAUUAAAUAAAAGCAGUUGGUGUAUGAUAUAUUUCUUUUGCCUUGCAACUCUUACUUUCCCAGUGGCUUUAACUGUUCUGUGUACGAAGAGACUAUGUAGAUGGUAGACAUUUUAUAAACACAGGGAGGCUGACACUGCUUUAAGACUAGGUUGCAGUUAGAUAACAAUUGUGUGCCACAUAAAAGUCUUUUCUUGAAAUGAGAUAUGACUAAAUCGGCACAGGGAAGGCUGCAGCCAUGUCCCCUUUGUAUGGAGAAAACACAAGGAUAUCUGAGUUCAAUCAGAAGAUAACAAAACCUUUUAAAUGAAGAUGAUUAAAUCCCAAAAUAAUGGCAUCUUUCUCUUAGCCUUUGAAUCCAAUUCAAAGCCUGAUUCAGCCUGACUUCCUAGAGAAAUGUUUCCAGUUUUAAAACAUCUUUGUAAAAAUGAACAUUAUGCCUGGCAACUUGUGGUUGCAUUAACACAGUUUGUAAAGAGAUUGAGAUUAAUAUUGUACUUGACAAAAACUUUUGAUCUGGAAACAUACUAAAUGUAGAUGGCUUUGUUACUUUUCCAGUAGUUUGCACUUUCUGUUUUAACUAUUAAGACAUUAAGUUCUCCAGCUUCAGUUCUGUUCCUUUUUAUAUGCUUUUAAUUGGUAAAAAUACCACAACAAAGCAAAAAUGUGACCUUAAAUAAUAAUCAGGUGCAGUUAGUUAUCUAAGCAUUUUGUUACAAUGUGAAGGAACUGUGCAUGAACUUUGGUUGGUAAGCUGCUGCUUUAUAGUGAGGUUUCUCUUCCUGUUCAAGCGAGGAAGUUGAAAGAUGCCUCUACUUUUCUUUACAAAGCUGAAGUGUGACUUGUUUAAUUAUUGCUCAGAUAGUUGUUGACACUUUACCAAUGAGGUUGGAGGGACAAACUCCAGGGGUUUCCAUGUGCUUGGGUAGGCAUUGGCAUUUGACUGUUGCUGAACAUUCUUGUUAUAGACUCUAAAACUGAAGCAAGAAUAAAUACUGUUUGACCUGUA